AUGACUCCUCUACCUUCUCUACUGACUUUAGAUGACUAUAGAAAGUAUUCAGAGAGAAAUCUCAUCAAAUUAGCUAGAGAUUACUAUGAAAGUGGUGCUGAGCAAGAGACAACAUUGAGGAGAAAUGUCUCUGCUUUUGAUAAUCUUCUGAUCCGCCCCAGAUGUCUUCGAUCUGUGGAAUCAAUUGACACAUCGGUGACGUGGCUCAAUGGAAAACGGGCGGCCUAUCCACUAGGAAUCGCGCCGACAGCGUUUCAGAAGAUGGCUACAAAAGAUGGGGAGUUGAGUACUGUUCGUGGAGCAGCGGCGAGCAAAUCGAUAAUGAUUUGUAGUUCUUGGUCCACAACUUCUAUUGAAGAAAUUGGAAAAGAGGCGAAAAUUGUUGGCGCGGCGCUUUGGUUUCAGCUCUACGUCUACAAAGACCGUAAUGUAACUGAAUCUUUGAUUCAUCGUGCUGAAGCUGCUGGCGUUGAGGCUCUAGUUCUCACUGUUGAUACUCCAGUAUUGGGACGUCGUCUGAAAGACACAUAUAACAAAUUCUCACUUCCACACCACUUAAAAUUCGCUAACUUUGAAUCUAAUACACAAGCAGAGAUGCCAAAGGGGCAUACUGGAGAAUCGGGAUUUAUGCAAUACGUUAGCUUGCAAAUCGAUCCAUCUCUAGAUUGGAACACAUUGGAGUGGAUUAAAACAAAAACGAAAUUGCCAGUGAUUGUAAAAGGGGUCAUGAGAGGAGACGAUGCUCUUCUAGCGCUUGGAGCAGGAGCAGAUGGAAUAAUAGUCUCUAACCAUGGAGGACGACAAAUGGAUUCUUCCAUCGCUACGAUAGAAGCUUUGCCGGAAGUUCUAGCUGCUGUUGACAAGCGAAUCCCCGUUUGGAUGGAUGGUGGCGUUCGCAACGGAAGAGACAUCUUCAAGGCUGUAGCUCUCGGAGCACGGGGUGUUUUCGUCGGCCGCCCGGUUCUCUGGGGACUCGCCACUUCGGGUUCUUCGGGGGUGGUAGCGGUGCUUGGAAUUCUUCAGAAGGAAUUCCUCCAUUCGAUGCAGUUGUCUGGAUACAGGUCGAUUGAGGAGCUUCAAAAAGACGAUCGAGCCGUCGUGCACGCUUCAAAGCUAUAA